AUGACAAGUGCCUCCUCUGCCACGGCCCACGAGACUGGGACCAGUGGCUGCGCGGCAAAAUAUCGGAAGCCCAAGCCGCCCUCGAUAUCUCGAGGGCCCACUUCAUCUUCAUCACAACCGAACGAAGGCAACCGCAUGCAUCAGAUGGGUCCAUCACAACCGGCCAACACUCAGGCAUUCCCACCGCUCGUUGCACCGGCGGUGGCACCUCAGGUGAGCAGUUGGGCAGGGGUUGCUGCUUCCCAGCCUCUUUCACCCCCCGCUGUCGAUGCUCCCUCUCCCGAGCUUGCGAACCUUCGCCAGCAAGUUGCGGAACUUCAAAAGCAAAAGCUACCUAAACAACUCUCACUCUUAACUAAGCAACUUGCACCCCAACAACAGCGCACUGCCAAGCCACCCGGUACUGCCGCCCCUGUCCAGGCGGCUACGCCGGCUACCUCCAAGCCUAGCCCUCGCACUACGUGCAUUCCGAAUAACCCUCCAGCUCCAGUGGCUGACGAACCUACUCCGGCAGUUUCUGGGGCACCUCAGGCUCCCUUGCCCACUAAACCAACUCAGCCCAGCGAGGGUCGCGUCCCGCGCAUAGAGGAACGUUUUACGCGCGUCGAAGCCUCGAUCAACCACCUCAUUACUAACUUCUCUGUCAAACGCAUAGUAGUAGAGGUCACUCAAGCUAUUCAAGCUUGGGCGAUCACUCAGUUUCAACCGAAAGCAUCGCGUUCCCGCUCUUCUUCGGUGAGCAGUGCGGGUUCAGCUCCUCGACGUCGUCGUAAAGUGGCUACUACCACCUUGCCGCCAGACAAUCCGGCCUCCGUACCCCUACCUGCCUCUCAAGGCUCUGAGCGGGACAUGGAGGACCAAAUCUAG